GCUCAAGCGUGCUGGGAAAAGUCUGCAACCAGCCCCAACUCAUCCUUAUGGCUCCCUCGCCCGUCAAAUUCAGAACGCCAGAAUCCCUCGACCACGAGAACUGGAGACUGCCUAGCCCCGCGCUGCGUAGUCACCCAAUUCCCCAUGAGGACAAUGUAUACUGCAACGACGUUGUCUUCCCUCAGGCCACUGCGGCCGCAGUGGCGCCAUUCGAACAGCGACUCGCAUCCACACAAAUGCCACCUCCAGGCCCAUCCUACUUCCAAGCACGAAGAGCGAUAUGGUGGGAACCUGUAGCGAAUACGCCACCAUCAGAAGAAGUGUCUAUGACCCAUCGCAGACUGGAGGAUCUACUCAGCAAGGAAGAUGCAACGGAGAGCGACGAGGCAUGGAGAGCAGGGUUGGGGAAGGUAUACCGGGCUCUUGUCAGCGGAGCGCGAUUGAAGAAGCGCAUGCCACUCAACAUGGUGAUUCAGAUCAUCAUGUCAGGGUGGAUCCGCGACGGAACAUGGCCACGAGGGGCCAGUGCCCCAGAGCCAGAUGACGAACUCUCACCGCCACCUGAAGAUACGGGAUACAUGGCACCAUCGCACACGACCACCCCGGACGCCAUGUCGACAGCAAAAUUUCCGUGAAAGCUGCAAGAUAUCGAUUCCUCUCGUAAUCUUUGGGCUAGACGACUGGACAUCUGUCAGCUACACUCUAGUCAGUACGAUGAAAUCCCUGUUGUUCGACGGCCAGGUGCUUAUAGGUAUGGCGACGCACCUAGGUAGGCACGCAUGCACAGGAUAAUCCCGAGAUACCCCAUACCUACACAGCAGAAGCUCAUGAUCGUAUUGAUAUGAAGUACAACAGGAUUGCGUGUAACGAUAGUAGCAGCCGAAAAGUAUAUUGGCGUAGCUUUUGUCAAGUCCGCGACGGCGGAGAAACCAGGAUGACACCGUCUCCUCUCACGAAUAGCAUAUCCACCUUGCGUUUUGCAACCUAGCGGUCGCUUUACGUCUAACUCGCUGAGAGCAAUAUCAAUAGCGAGACCUACAUUCACAGUUGCCUGUCCUUC